AUGGUUGCCGGCAAUUCUCAACAAGUGCCCAGGGAAUCUCCUCGUGACGUUACACGAUCAACUGUACAUCAUCAACAGGGAGGACCCCAGGGUGCGGUGUCCCCAUUAUCGAAACGGGAUUUGACUUCAUGGUGGAAGCAGUUUGUACGAAACACUAAGAAGGAUGAGGUAGCCCCAGCACCACAAUACGGUAUUUUCGGAGUACCACUCAAUGUUAGCAUAAAAUAUGCAAACGUUGCCAUAUCCCUCGCCGCGGAAGACAAAUCUAGUUUCAUAUAUGGAUAUGUUCCAAUUGUCGUCGCAAAAUGUGGUGUGUUUCUCAAGGAGAAAGCGACGGAUGUUGAAGGGAUUUUCCGACUAAGUGGAUCCGCUAAACGAAUAAAGGAUCUGCAAGAAGCCUUUGACUCCCCGGAUCGUUUUGGUAAGGGACUUGACUGGACAGGAUAUACCGUGCAUGAUGCUGCGAACAUACUCCGUCGAUACCUGAACCAACUUCCCGAACCAAUUGUACCCUUAGACUUCUAUGAGUCUUUCCGAGAUCCCCUUCGCCGUUACCAAGCACAGGCUGUAGGGGACAGAGAUGCUGCGUCUGAAGAGGAAGAAGGUUUUGAUCAUGCGAAGGCUGUAGCCACGUACCAAGACCUAAUUAAAAAGCUUCCUCCUCUUAAUAGGCAACUUUUGCUUUACAUUCUCGACCUUUUGACGGUUUUUGCAUCAAAAUCUGAGGUCAACCGUAUGACAGCAGCCAACUUGGCGGCUAUUUUUCAACCUGGUUUAUUGUCUCAUCCUGCACAUGACAUGUCGCCAAAGGAGUAUAAAUUGAGCCAGGAUGUUCUGAUAUUCCUCAUUGAAAAUCAGGAUAAUUUCUUGUUCGGUAUGACGGGCACUGCUGCCGAUGCACAAACAGUAAAGGCUAUGCAGGCUGCAAAUGCCCCCAGCACUUCUCGAUCCAAUAUCAGACGGUCCGCCUCGAAUGCAAGUGGGGGAGCAGAUAGUCUGCGAAAAUACGAUGUUCUCCGACGAAAUAUGUCCGUUUCUUCAAAACAGUCGAAGAACUCUCCUGGUAAUGCCACAAGUCCUGUGACCCCGAAAUCAAUGGUUGGAGCAAGCCUAGGCGUACAUCGCAGCAACACCGUGCCCUCGAAAAAAGUGGCGGGGCUCUCUCCUAACCACUUUACCCGCCCACGUGACGCAUCAGCCCCUGGAACAGGCCAUCACUCACCGUCUAAUCAUUCCGGUCGUCCAUCCCAAUCUCCCAGCCGAACUCCGCUUCAAGCCGCUAAUGCACUUCAUGAAACUGCCCCCGAUACUUCGUUGCCAUCGAACGCAAAUCAAGGUUUGGGAUUCGUGCCAAAUGCGCAAUCCCUUCAGGUGUCACUGGAUGAACAGGUUCACCUUCAAGAGUAUGGCUUGCAACCUUUGACUUCACCUGCAGUUGGGACAUCAACGAAGGAAAGGAAGUUAUCCGCGUUUUUUAGGUCCACAGCGCCAGACGGCGAGCGCAAGGACGGUAGACAGCCCAACAGGUUGAGGAAAAAACGUCCAAUACCUGGAAGCACUAGCGAGAGUGCUAGGAGUUCCAGUCAUUCAUUGCACCUUGGACAGGAGCUCGCAUUGGGAACACUAGUAUCACAAGCUGUAUCAAGUAAACGGGAGGGUCCGGAGGAUCAGUCACAAGUUUCAACUCCGAGAGUCCUGAACCCGACUUCAAUUCCUGGGGCCGAAACUACUUCACAGCUAAAUUCUGAGGCGAAACCGUCCGUUUCCGUGUCCCCAGAGAACCCCCUGAAGCCUAACAGGUCGAGAACCCCAUCAAUGCACUCCCGAUCAUCUGUAACAGACCACUCUGACUUUGAUAACCAAGACGACGUUGGUAGGGAAAGGAAAGCGGUUCAGAAAAGACGGAGUUGGAGAUAUCCUCGUGGCACCAAGCGACAUGAACGGUCAGAGCUGAGCAUGUCUCCCCCUCCUAUCGGAUCAAAUGCACAUGCGGGUUUCAGCAGUAGCUCUGUCGGGAGCUCAAAUUGGUCGCCCCAGCAGAACUUACCCAAUGAAACUCGCCAGAUUAGUACCGAAACCUCAGCAGCUGGAACUGUAGAUACCAUCGCCAACCAGUCCUUCAUGACGCUGCCGACACAAGUCUCUGAUAUGAGCAACGUCAUGCCAACAUCAAAUCCCAACAAUAGCAUCAAAGAUCUGAGUGAGUCUGAAAGAAAGGGCUUUUUCGGUAAAUUUAAAGCCAAAGUUGCAGGUGUGAAGGAAGUAGUGAAGGAUCGGGAGGCGGCAAAGGAACGGACGAAAAGCCCUCCGCACUCCGAUGGCGAGGAUGCGGCUUCGAGAAGUAGUCUGUCAAUUUUGCCCAGCAAAGAAGCCGGGGGACGGUCAAUGGAUGCAACCCGUGAAAACCGCCUUACAGUGAACACAGAUUCACAGCAGCCAGCAACUUCAGCUGCUCCUCCUCCUUCCACCCCAGGUCCCCAAACACCUCCCGUUGGUUCCAUAGUUUUUCCUGGCUCUUUCCCUGAACCGACAAUACCAGAAGAGGCACCCAGAAACCCCGUUCCGGGUGAUCCAACGGCCAGCGUUACUGUUCUGCCGAGGGUAGAAGAGGAUAUACCACAAUCCCCGCUGUCCACGACAGAACCCGCCGAAGUCGCAGCACCUGUACAAACUGAACCAUGCCAACAGUCUACACUGCCAGAAAUAGCACCAACAAAUCAACCACAGUCAGAGUCUACUUCCUCUUAA